AGUGGCAUAAACAUGGGCUUUGGCGUCAGACAGCCCUGAGCAGGGCCCCAUUGCCCCACCCCCCGAGGAAGGCGAGGGGGGGUGGCAGGGGGCUGCGGAAAGGGGCUGGGCUGGGAUAGGCUGUCUGCAGCUCCAGUCCAGGAGGCUGAGACUUCGAGAGGGACUGAGAGAGCAGGCACAUCCCGGACUUGCUCGAGGACAAGGCACAGCUCUUGCCAGGCCAACUUGAGACAUGUCUGACACAAGUGAGAGUGGUGCGGGUGUAACUCGCUUCCAGGCUGAAGCUUCAGAAAGGGACAGUGGGUCCACGAUGCAGACCCUAUUGACAGUGACCCAGAAUUUGGAGGUCUCAGAAACACUGAAGACCUCAAAGGCACCAGAAGUCUCAGAGGAUGUGAAAAUCUCAAAAGCUGCAGGGGUCUCAAAGGCCACAGAAGUCUCAAAGACUCCAGAGGCUCAAGAGGCAGCUGCCACCCAGGCCUCAGCUACCACUCAGCUGAUUGAUACCCAGGUUCCUACAGCAGAAAAGAAGAGUCCAAUAGCUGACACCAAUAAGCCAAAUGCUGACCUGCAGGCUGUGACAACGCCUGCCACUGAGACCAAAAAGGUCAGCUGUGUGGCUGAUACGAAGGUCAAUACAAAGGCCACGGAGACUGAGGCUGCUGCCUCUAAGGCUCUGGCAGAUGAACCUGAACCUGAGGGUGCAGCUGCCCAGGCUCAGGUGAAUCAGGAUACUCGGCCCAAGGUCAAGGCUAAGAAAGCCCAAAAGGUGAAGCAUCUGGAUGGGGAAGAGGAUGGCAGCAGUGAUCAGAGUCAGGAUUCUGGAACUACAGGUGGCCGAAGGAUCUCAAAGGCCUUAAUGGCCUCAAUGGCCCGCAGAGCUUCAAGGGGUCCCAUAGCCCUUUGGGCCCGCAGGGCAUCAAGGACUCGGUUGGCUGCUUGGGCAAGGAGGGCCUUACUCUCCCUGAGGUCGCCUAAAGCCCGUAGGGGCAAGGCUCGCCGUAGAGCUGCCAAGCUCCAGUCAUCCCAAGAGCCUGAAGCACCACCACCUCGGGAUGUGGCCCUUUUGCAAGGGAGGGCAAAUGAUUUGGUGAAGUACCUAUUGGCCAAAGACCAGACAAAGAUUCCCAUCAAGCGCUCAGACAUGCUGAAGGACAUCAUCAAAGAAUACACUGAUGUAUACCCUGAGAUCAUUGAACGAGCAGGCUAUUCCUUGGAGAAGAUGUUUCGAGUCAAUCUGAAGGAAAUUGAUAAGCAAAGUAGCUUGUAUAUUCUCAUCAGCAAUCAGGAAUCCUCCACAGGCAUACUGGGAACGACUAAGGAGUCACCCAAGCUGGGUCUACUCAUGGUGCUUCUUAGCAUCAUCUUCAUGAAUGGAAAUAGAUCCAGUGGGGCUGUCAUCUGGGAAGUGCUACGCAAGUUGGGGCUGCGCCCUGGGGUGAAGCAUUCACUGUUUGGGGAAGUAAGGAAGCUCAUCACAGACGAGUUUGUCAAGCAGAAGUACCUGGAGUACAAGAGGGUCCCCAACAGCAGACCACCUGAAUAUGAGUUCUUCUGGGGCUUGCGCUCCUACCAUGAGACUAGCAAGAUGAAAGUCCUCAAGUUUGCAUGCAAGGUGCAGAAGAAAGACCCCAAGGACUGGGCUUCUCAGUACCGGGAGGCAGUGGAGAUGGAAGUCCAAGCUGCAGCUGUGGCUGUGGCUGUGGCCGAGGCUGAGGCCAGGGCUGAGGCAAGGGCCCAAAUGGGGAUUGGAGAGGAAGCUGUGGCUAGGCCCUGGAACUGGGAUGACAUGGAUAUUGACUGCCUAACAAGAGAAGAGUUAGGUGAUGAUGCUCAGGCCUGGAGCAGAUUUUCGUUUGAAAUUGAGGGCAGAGCCCAAGAAAAUGUGGACUCCAGCACCAACGUCAACUUCAGCAGAGGAGCUAGCACCAGGGCUAGGUUCAGUGAUGGUGCUAGUAUUAGCCUCAGUGGUGCACCCAGCCCCAAUGGUGCCUUUGGUAGUGGAGCUGGCAUUACCUUCAGUGGUGUACCCAGUACCAGUACCAGCUUCAGUAGUGCAGCCAGCAUUAGCUUUGGUGGCACGCCCACUACCAGUGCCAGUUUUAGCAGUGCAGCCAGCAUUAGCUUUGGUGGAACAGCCAGCACUAGCCCCAGCUUUAGCAGUACAGCCUGUAUUAGCUUUGGUGGUGCACCCACCACCAGCUCUAGUUUUAGCAGUCAAGCCGGCAUUAGCUUUGGUGGCACACCUUGUACCAGUGCCAGCUUUAGUGAUGGAACCAGCUCUAGUUUCAGUGGUCCACUCAACACCAGUGCCACUUUCAGUGGUGGAGCCGGCUCUGGCUUUGGAGGCACACUCAGCGCCACUGCUGGCUUUAGUGGUGCACUCAGCACCAGCACCAGCUUCGGCAGUGUGCCCACCACAGGCACCGUUUUCAGUGGUACACUUAGCACCAGCACUGGUUUGGGAGGUACACUCAGCACCAGUGUCUGCUUUGGUGGCUCUCCCAGCUCUGGUGCCAGCUUUGGAGGUACAUUUAGUACCAGUAUCUGUUUUGGUGGCUCCCCCAACAACACUGGUUUUGGUGGUACACUCAGCACCAGUGUCUCCCUCUGUGGCUCUCCCAACACCAGUGCCAACUUUGGUGGUACACUAAGCACCAGCGUCUGCUUUGGUGGCUCUCCCAGUACCAGUACUGACUUUGGCGGAGUGCUCAACACCAGUGCUGGCUUUGGUGGAGGGCUCAAUACCAGUGCUGGCUUUGGUAGUGCUGUCUUCACCAGCACUGACUUUGGCAGUACACUAAGCACCAGUGUCUGCUUUGGUGACUCUCCCAGCACCAGUGAGCUUGGCAGCACACUCAAUACCAGUGCCAGUUUUGGCGGUGCUGUCAGCACCAGUGCUGGCUUCAGUGUUGCACCCAGCACUAACCCUGGCUUUGGCAGUGCAUUCAGAACCAGUGCUGGCUUCAGUGGGGCACUUAGUACCACUACUGACUUUGGUGGUACUCCUAGUAACAAUAUGGGUUUUGGUGGCGCUCCUAGCACGAGCAUCAGCUUUGGUGAUGCUCCCAGCACCAAUGUCAGCUUUGGUGGUGCUCACAGCUUUGGUGGUGCUCACAGCACCAGCUUCUGUUUUGGUGGAGCUCCCAGCACUAGCCUCUGCUUUGGCAGUGCAUCUAACACCAACCUAUGCUUUGAUGGCCCUCCUAGCACCAGUGCCUGCUUUAGUGGUGCUACCAGUGCCAGUUUGGGUGAUGGACCCAGCACCAGUGCCGGUUUCAACUUUGGCAGUGCGUUAAGCACCAGUGCUGGAUUUGGUGGUGGACUGAGCACCAGCACCGGCUUCGGUGGUGGAGUAGGCACCAGCUCUGGCUUUGGUGGUGGACUAGGUACCAGUGCUGGCUUUAGUGGUGGACUGGUCACCAGCGAUGGCUUUGGCAGUGGGCCUAAUGCCGGCUUCAACAGAGGACUGAGUACCAUCGUUGGCUUUGGCAGUGAUUCCAACACCAGCAAUGGCUUUACUGGAGAACCCAGCACCAGCGCCGGUUUCAGUAGUGGACCCAGUUCUAUUGUUGGCAUCAGCGGUGGACCAAGCGCUGGCGCUGGCUUCUGCAGUGGACCAAGCACCAGUGGCUUCGGCAGUGGACUGAACACUGGAGCUGGCUUCAGCAGUGGACCGAGCACUGGUGCUGGCUUUGGUGGUGGAGCCACCAGCCUUCGUGCCUGUGGCUUCUCCUAUGGCUAGUGAGGUUUCAGGUUUAUUCCCCACAUUUACAGAUACCACUAAUGAAUUGCAACAGUCCUUCCCAUGGAGUCAAGAUACAUCCAUGGAAUCUUUGUCCACACAUCAGUCUAAGCAGCCAUGACCAAACAGCUGAGGAUGACAUGCUGUGAAAAAUCUGUUUGCCAUUUCUGCUUUAUUGUUUGCUUCCUGUAUGCUGUCAUAUUUUGCUAUCAGAGUUACAUUAAAUUUGCAAAAUGAA